GCCGCCUCGGAGCAGCAGCAGCUGCUGGUGCGGUUGCAGGAGGAAGCGGCUGGUCCCUUGAGGCUUACGGAAAAAUCACGGCGGAGCGGGCAAGGUCCGGGGACCAGAAAUCGAGAGUCAUUUUUUAUAUGGCUGCUUCGGAAUUGCUGACAGUCCAGCUUGCUUUCGUGUUCAUCGGACCGGCCUGAAACAGGAGGUAGGGCUGUGACCCUCACGACAAUGCAAAGAAGUGGACCCAUUGACGAAAAACCCCAAAUACCUCCUACCUGCUGCCAGUCCUUCCGAUAGGGGUGUCUCAGGUUUUGACUAAACCAGUUUUUUUAAUUGGACAAUCCUGAGCUACAGAGCGUGUUGCAUUGUUGGAGAGGCGAAGGACAUCCCCGUAUAAUUCAGCUUUGGUGGAUGAAAGGAUUUUUAAAAACUCUUCUCUCCGUUUUGCUUGAGGUUUAAUCCCAAAGGAUUCGCUGUGAGUCCGGAAACAGAGCAGGACAUGUAAUGUGGCAGAGAACUGGACCGGCUUCAGGAUGAAUCUGGACACCUCACUUAGUAUAGGGCAGUGCUGUAGCUCCCAGAUGCCUUACCUUACCCUCUGCCCCCCUUUUCCAUAAACUGCUUCUCCUCUCCCCGUCAAAUUCCACUUCCAAAGAGAUCCUUUGGAACUCAGAAGUGACCAGCUAAGGAAUAGAGAACAAAUACUGGGAGAAAAGCAAGGGCCACAUGUUCUCUCCCUUCCCAGGAGCAGAUAUGAAGUGCUGUUUCCAAGCUCUGGCUUCCCUGGUGUUACUGGGUGUGAUGUCAGCACAGAGACAAGUCACUGUCCAAGAGGGACCACUUUAUCGCACGGAAGGCUCCCACAUCACCAUUUGGUGUAAUGUCAGUGGCUUUCAGGGACCCUCUGAGCAGAAUUUCCAGUGGUCCAUUUAUCUGCCGUCUGCACCCGAGCGGGAGGUGCAAAUUGUCAGCACCUUUGACUCUUCCUUCCCAUACGCUAUCUAUACCCAGAGAGUACGGAGUGGGAAGAUCUAUGUGGAGAGAAUCCAAGGCAAUUCAGCCUUACUGCAUAUCACAGAAUUGCAGGCCCGGGAUGCUGGGGAGUAUGAGUGCCACACACCCAACACAGAUGAGAGGUACUUUGGAAGCUAUAGUGCCAAGAUGAACCUCAUAGUGAUCCCAGAUUCCCUUCAGGCAACAGCGACACCCCAGACGCUUCAGAAGGUGGAGCAGGACUCCCUGGAACUGAGCUGUGAGGUGGCCACGGAGACGUUGCAGCACAGCCACCUGUCAGUUACCUGGUACAGGCAGAGGGCUGGCGAGAAGCCCGUGGAGGUGAUCUCUCUGAGCAGGGAUUUUGUGCUCCAUUCUAGCAGUGAGUAUGCACAGAGGCAGACCUUGGGAGAGGUCCGCCUGGACAAGUUGGGCGAGACCACCUUCAGGCUCACCGUUUACCACCUGCAGACGUCCGACCAAGGCGAGUUCUACUGCGAGGCUGCUGAGUGGAUCCAGGAUCCUGACAAGUCGUGGUACCCCAUGACCCUCAAGCGUUCGGAAGGAGCUGUGGUCAAUGUCCAGCCAACUGACAAAGAGUUCAGUGUUCGACUGGAGACAGACAGACGGCUGUACACGGUCGGUGAGCCAGUAGAGUUCCGCUGCAUCCUUGAGGCUCAGAAUGUUCCUGACCGCUACUUUGCCGUCUCCUGGGCUUUCAACAGCUCCCUCAUCGCCAGCCUGGGGCCCAAUGCUGUGCCCGUGCUUAACAGUGAAUUUGCUCAGCGGGAAAGCCGGGGCCAGCUCAAGGUGUCCAAAGAGAGCGACAGCGUCUUUGUGCUGAAGAUCUACCACCUCCGCCAGGAAGACAGCGGUAAAUACAACUGCAGGGUGACAGAGCGAGAGAAAACAGUGACUGGCGAGUUCAUCGACAAAGAAAGCAAGCGCCCCAAGAACAUUCCCAUCAUUGUCCUUCCACUCACAGAUAUCUGGGUAGUAAAAGUCCCCCAGCACCAUCAGAUGCUGCCCCAAGGCCACUUGGAGAGCAGCAUCUCGGUGGAAGUAACCAGUAAUGCCAGCACCAUCCUGGAAGGAGAGAAUCUUCACUUUUCUUGUAGCGUGCGAACAGCAGACAGGGCCCAGGGCCGCUUCUCGGUCAUCUGGCAGUUGUUGGACAGACGGAAUCGGCGAAAUAACAUCAUGUGGCUUGACAGGGAUGGUACGGUGCAGCCUGGCUCUUCCUAUUGGGAGCGCAGCAGCUUUGGAGGCAUCCAAAUGGAACAGGUGCAGCCCAACUCAUUUACCUUGGGCAUCUUUAACAGCAGAAAGGAGGACGAAGGCCAGUAUGAAUGCCACGUGACCGAGUGGGUGCGAGCCGUGGAUGGGGAAUGGCAGAUCGUUGGAGAGCGGAGGGCUAGUACACCUGUCUCCAUUACCGCUCUGGAGACUGGCUUUGCUGUCACGGCCAUCUCUCGCACCCCUGGUGUGACCUACAGUGAAUCAUUUGACUUACAGUGCAUCAUCAAACCCCAUUACCCAUCUUGGGUCCCAGUGUCGGUGACCUGGAGGUUCCAGCCUGUGGGCACCAUCGAGUUCCACAACCUGGUGACCUUCACCCGGGAUGGUGGCGUUCAGUGGGGGGAGAGGUCCUCUAGCUUUCGAACUCGGACUGCCAUCGAGAAAGCGGAGUCCAGCAACAACGUACGUCUGAGCAUCAGUCGGGCCAGCGACACUGAGGCCGGCAAAUACCAGUGCGUGGCUGAGCUUUGGAGGAAGAAUCACAAUAGCACCUGGACCCGCCUGGCAGAGAGGACGUCCAACCUGUUGGAGAUAAGAGUGCUGCAGCCAGUGACAAAGCUACAAGUGAGUAAAUCUAAGAGGACGAUCACCUUGGUGGAGAACAGGCCAAUCCAGCUGAACUGUUCAGUGAAGUCUCAGACCAGCUUGAACUCGCACUUUGCAGUCCUCUGGUAUGUCCACAAGCCCUCUGAUGCUGACGGAAAGCUCAUCUUGAAAACCAGCCACAACUCUGCAUUUGAGUAUGGCACCUAUGCGGAGGAGGAAGGCCUUCGAGGGAGGCUCCAGUUUGAGAGACAUGUGUCUGGUGGCCUCUUCAGCCUGACCGUGCAGAGGGCGCAGGUCAGUGACAGUGGCAGCUACUACUGCCAUGUGGAAGAGUGGCUUUUGAGUCCCAACUAUGCCUGGUAUAAGCUGGCAGAAGAAGUUUCAGGACGGACUGAGGUCACAGUGAAGCGGCCAGAUAUCCGCCUGAAGCUGAGCCAGGCCCAAGGUAACAUCACAGUUCUGGAAACCCAGAAGGUAGAGUUGGAGUGUGUGGUCCUAAAUCGCACCAGUGGGACUUCCCGACUUGCUGUGGAAUGGCACGUGUGGAAGCCCAACCACCCAGAGAGAGAAACAGUUGCCCGCCUGAGUAGAGAAGCCACCUUCCACUAUGGGGAGCAGGUCACUAAGAACCAUUGGAAGGGGAGGCUGCAUUUGGAAAGCCCUUCUCUGGGAGUUUACCGCCUCAUUAUCCAGAAUACUGCCGUUCAGGACAGCGGGACGUACAACUGCCUUGUGGAGGAGUGGCUGCAGAGCCCCAGUGAUGUGUGGUAUAAACGGGCAGAAGAGUCAUCCGGACAGACCAUUGUCACAGUAUUGAGACCAGAUGCCACACUGCAAGUGGACACCAUUGUGCCCAAUGUCACUGUGCCAGAGAAGUCCCAUUUCCAACUGGAUUGCAACAUCUUAUCGCGUUCGAGUCAGGAAUCCCGCUUUGCAGUUGCCUGGUAUGCUCUCAGGACUAAAGCAGGAGGAAAGAAAGGCAGCACACUGGAGGAUGAGGAGAUAGAGCGGAAGGCCAUGCUAAGUGUGGGCCCAGAUGCCAUCUUUGGCCCUGAGGGAAAUCACUGGGAGGGCAGGCUCCGCUUCCAGAGACUUUCGCCCAUGCUCUACCGGCUGACGGUCUUACAAGCAGAUCCCAGUGAUACGGGCAACUACUCCUGCCGAGUGGAAGAAUGGUUGUCCAACCCUCAGAAAGAGUGGUAUCGACUGACCGAGGAGGAAUCUGGCCCAAUUGGCAUCCAAGUUCUCAACACAGGUUCCACGCUCCAGUCCAUCAUAUGCUCCAAUGAUGCCCUUUUCUACUUCGUGUUCUUCUACCCCUUCCCCAUUGUCGGCAUCUUGAUCAUCACCAUCUUACUGGUCCGUUUCAAGGGUAGGAACUCUAGCAAGAACUCUGAAGGCAAGAAUGGAGUGCCCUUGCUGUGGAUCAAAGAACCCCAUCUUAACUAUUCCCCAACUUGCCUGGAGCCUCCUGUUCUCAGCAUCCACCCAGGAACCAUAGACUAACGGCAAGACUGGGGUGGACGUAGCACAUCAAGGAGCACAUGGAUCUUUGUUGCUUCCCUUCCUCUGUACUGUAGGACAGCAGCCGCUAGGCUCUGGAGUCCCCCGCCCAGAGGGUUUUCAGACUUGGAAAGUUUUAUAAAAUGCCCGAGCCAGUGACAGAGAUAGACAUGUGCUGCUGGCACCCAGCAGAACCCCUCUGCUCUUUAUUUCCGUUGCCUGGCUAGUUACUCUGGUUCUGAUGUCAUAACCCUACUGUUAGAGAUUUCUUUUUGGAACAUAGUGAGUACUUCCUGGAACCACUUUGACUGAUGAACUCAUAGUAUUCUUUGACGGUUAUUCUAGGGGUUUGUUUGUAGGGGUUUUUAGUCCAGAUCUUAAAAUCACUUUGGUUCAGCCUUUUUGAACGGAUGGAAUCCCCCUCACCCCCAAAUGAUUGCAAAAAGAACGAAGAACUGGACUGACGAGGGGCCUUUUUUGAGAUUUUUUUUCUUUUGCACAUUUUUAAAAAGCUACCCCUGAAUCAAAAUAUUCUAAGCUGUUUUACUUGCAUAAAAAUAUUUGAAAAUGGUGUGUAGCACAGGCCCAGUUUGUAGUUUUUUUUCCCCUUCAGCCCAGCCCAGAGUGGUUUUAAUCACUUUGUAGUCAAGAUGAAAGCCUCAAAUUUUACUUCAAAGGACCAUGUGCAUACAAGAGAAAAGGAGUCCUGCGGAAGCCCAUUAGGAGCAGACUUGUCUUGCUAACUUGCCUAUCAGACCACAAAGGCUUUACCAGGAGCUUGCCAAGGACAAAGAGGUCAAAGUUCAACAACACUCCUUCUCCAAAUUAACAUAGACAGAAGGAGGGCUGCUUUCAGUUCAUUUUUAUCAGUCAAUGGCUUAGAGAGGAAAAGGAAAAUUGCUCCAUUCCCAUUGGUUUGAGCAAUGAGGUUUGGUCACUAGAUGAUGGCGGUGACCUUUAUGUGCAUGAGACUUUAGUUUAUGACGCUUUGCCAGACCUUUAAGGAGGCCAGGCAUAUGGUGAGCCUGGAGCCAUGCUCUAAAAAGGCAGUGCAUGUGGUAGCAAGUUAGUAGAUGGCAGACAUUAGGGACUCCCACCAAUCAGAUUUGUUGAGAGUGGGAGAUUGAGAGGAUCGGGGAAGGAUUUCCUAGGCUUGGCAUCGGUGAAUAACAACCACCACUCAUUCCUAAACAAGCGAUUUGAACCCCCAAGAAAUAAGCGUUGCUUUUUGCUAUCAUUAAUCUGUCUUCCUACGUCCUAUCUUCAGAAGAAAGUUGUCUAGGAUUGGGGGAAAGAGGAAAAUUACCCAGUAUUCUCUAGUAUAAGUUUUUAGUAGCUUGAGUACCUUGGCUUUUUCUAGUCUUAGCGGAAGAAGGAUCCAGUGCCAUUGUAUGUGGGUGCUUUUCUUCCUUACCCACUUAGAUUUUUUUUAUGGUUUUAGAUUUGUCAUUUAGCAGUAGCUUGGACUUUUGUCCCCUGGCCCAAUCCUUGAGUCUUCCUGCUGAAAAAGGUUAAUUUUUUAGAGCCUCCUAGACGUGAUCUGGGAUGAUGCUCCUACCAUUUAAUGCUGUAAGACAGAAUGCUUUGCUACUCUGGGUCAUUGGUAUGGUGAAGAUAAGGAGAACUCAAUUACUUUCUCCCCUCUGUCCCUCCUCCCUUUUCAUGAAGAUGUUUUCCCAGACUUUUUCUUCACCUGUUUAACUUGACCAACAGUGCCAGGUGGUGGUGGCUGCCCCUAACUGGUCCAGAUUCUGAAUCCCAGAGUAGCCCCAGUCUGGAGGAACCCCAUCUCUCCUGCCUCCUGCCCUUGACACUAUGCCCUUUCUCUUGCCCCCCCCCACCAGAUUCCCACUAUAUGUUGAAACUGAACUCUGACAAGUUUCCAGGAACUCUAGCCUAAACUAGGAGCAGGAUCCAGAGGAUAGAUAGCUGAGGAACUUUCCGGCCACACCAGCCUUGACUUCAGCCCUCAGGGUGGCCCCAGAGGUCUCAGGAUUUGCAAGUAGGGAGCAGUGUGUUCAUUAGAUGCUUUUCACCUGUUUUCUGCUAAACCACCUGCAGUGAGGUGAUCAGCCUAGUAGUCGUUUUUUUUCCGACAGCCUGGCAUGACCAGGGCUGGUUAGCACCAGCCAUACCAGUACUCUACCUUCAGAGAACACCUAGGCACUGCCACCUUAAUCAUCCUGGCUGCCUAACCCUCUUCCUUUGGCUUAUUUUUAUUAUCUACUCCAUCAGCACUUAGAACAUAUGGGAUUAUCUCAGUUGUCAUUGUGUUGGGAAACAAAACAGUCUUUUGGAAUUUGUAUUUCUUGCCACCUCUUUUUCAUUUCAGGGCAGGUGAUUCCCUACGAGAAGGAGCCAGAAUAGACUGGAGGUGGGUGGGGAAAGACUCUCUUUUUUCUGUCUGAAAGGGAAAGGUGCUAUAGGGUGGGAUGGGUGAGCAGUUUCUUUCCAAGAUUUUGUGGUAGCUCGGAAGGAAGCCACCUCAAGCUGAUUGGCGCUUAGAUAAAGGGAGAAGAUGCUAUAUGGCACAAAGCGUGUCAGAUUCAUCAUAAGAAAUCUGCUAUUGAAAAAGAAACCGAAACCAGUAUUUCAUGAUGAUGCUGUUUUUUCCUUCGGUGUGUAUCUCAUCCACCCAGGGAUGCCAUCAAAGGGUGAACUUGGCCUUUGUGGGUUUUCAGUGGAACUGGCCACAGGACUCUGCCUGUAGAUAGCCAUUUCCAUGGGAAUGGUUUGCUUUCUGUGGUCCUUCAGACAAAUGGUCAAAUGGCGCCCUCCAGUGGCCCCAGUCCUUCAUUUCACAUUGUUUUCUGGGGCUUUGUCCCUCCCUGGUCCCAAGGAGGAAAAACAGCUUUGAUGUAUUGUUAAGUAACCUUUGUUAUAAAUGCAGUACUAAUGAUGGCUCAUUUAUGAAACAAUCACACUGUGCUAGGUCCUUCGAAGGGACACAGACAAGAUGAGGACCUCCUUCACCAGGCUGUUUCUAUAAAAAGUUUUAUUAUUCUUCCCAAACAACGGUUCUUCUGCAUUAACUUGAGUUGGAGCAAAAAGGAGGGGAGGAAGGACAUUGCCCAUGCAUGAUGUGGAAAGCUGUUGGAUUUUUUUUAAGAAAACUAUUUGUAUGAUGUUGCACUAAAAAUGUUUUAUAAACACUUCAGAGAUCUGUAGUAAAUUAUGUUGAAAAUAUGACUGUUUCUAUUUACUUUGUUUCAAGUUCUUUUGUUUCGACUUCAAGACUUAACUCCAGUUAUCCCUUCCACAUCUCAGCUUUCCCCAUUGAGAUUUCAACAUAUCGCAGGUCGGCAUAAGAAAUUAAAUGGGAAUUUUGGGGGAGUUUUGUGGAAGCCACAGAUGAACUCAAAGGCCAGCAGAUGACACAGAAAAGGUUUAGAAGCUCAGAAAUACAUAAAGUAUAUGUAUAAUGUUGCAUAAUUUCAAUAUAUUUUAUCUUUUAAUAUCAUAAUAAUUCCGAUUUCUUCUGGGGAAGAAAAUUGUAUGCGGAUUUCCCAGACUGCAGGGGUGCCAUGCCCCUAACCCCCAUUAUGUGGAAGAGAUAACUGUGCUUCCUGCAGCCUCUGACUCCUCUAUCUCCAGGAGCAAGUUCUGGGCUUCCUGAGCCUGUAAUUCUUAGUACUAGUGGAGGGAACAUUGGAACAGGGAGUCAAAAGACUUGGAUUCCAAUCCUGGCUCUCCACUUAACUUUUGAUUUUGAGUAAGCCUGGUCUGUUCAUGAGUUUCCUUGUCUACUCAAAACAGGUUAAAAUGGUUAAAAAUAAAAACAAAAAACUUCUAUGGUGGUAAAAUAUGUGAUCACUUCUCUUACAGGUUGGUUGUGAUGAGGUAUGUAUAAAAACUUGGUAAAGAUAAAGAUUUAGAAACAAGCUACUAUCAAGAUUGAGGCUUUGCUUGUCCUGCCCUAGUUCAUGGAGAAUAGGACAAAGACCAGAUUCAAGUUUUAAAUUGUCAGCUUCUAGAUUUGAAAGAUUCAAAGACAAUAAUAGUAAUUUUAAAAAAAAACCAUUUCCAUGUACACAGCACAUCAUAGA